UCAUCAUUGAUAUUUCGCGAAAUCGAUAACGACAGUAAAUAUUUCGGAAUAAUUUUUAUCAAUGAAAUUUAAUAUAAAUUCUCUAUAAAGUACACCAAAAACAAGCAAUGUUGGAAUUAGAAAUUAGUCCUCUAGAUUUUCCAAGGUUAUGUCGACUGUGUCUCAAAAACAACGGCUCAGAAAAUUUAUUAAAAAACCCGAAAUAUUUAACAACUAUACAUAACUUGACGAAUUUGAAAGUGAAUGAAAAUGACGUGUUGCCUAAAAAUAUUUGCAAGGAAUGCAUGAGAAAAGUGGAGGAAAUUUGGAAUUUCAUUGAGCUAUGUAACAACAACAACGAUAUUCUGUGUAAUUUCCAAGAAGACAAAAUAAUCAAAGAUGAAAUCGACCUAUCGAUAGCCGACUUAUUUUACGAAUGCUCGGAUAACGAAGACCACGACUCGAAAAUAACAUUCGAUAAUAUAUACCGAGAUGAAAACGGUUGCAGUAAAAGAAGCGUGAAAAAACGGAAAAAAUUCACCUGCAACUACUGCCUGCUGCAGUUUCUGAGCAUGAAAAAAUACUCGUACCACCUACGAGAGGUCUGCCCCAUAAAAAACAAGAAAUCCGACGUAUCCGAAUGGACUUGCCUCAUAUGCAAUUGGAAAGGUGUAAGUAAAGCAAACUUAAAACUCCACGAACGGACCGCGCAUAUAGAAAACGUGGAAAUUUCCGUAGGGCUGCGGAAGAAAAAAUGGAAAUGCUCGGAAUGCACCAAACUAUUCUCGAAAAAAAUCGACUUGCAAAGGCACGGCCGGACCCACACCGGCCUGCGCCCUUACACCUGCGUUUUCUGCGACAACAGCUUCACGCAGAAAAGCACCCUAGAGAGGCACAUAAACUGCAAGCACUUCGACAGCGAAAAGGAGCGAUACAACUUCGAGUGCUACAUAUGCGAGAAGAAAUUCGUCCGGAAAGACCAUCUAGAAGCCCACAUGUACAACGUACACAUCAAAAAACAGAGCAACAUCGAACCCAUCGACAGCGAACCGAACACUAACUUCUUGAACCUAAAAUCCUGCAAGCUCUGCGGCAAAACCUUCAGCUUGUACUCGUACUUACAGAACCACUUGAUCGUGCACGAGGAAACCAAGCAGCAGAAACCUCGGGCGAAGAUCAGAACCUGCCGGUUCGUCACAUCUUCCAACUUGUGCAGCAUAUGCGGGAAGACGUUCGAAAAGAGGAAAACCUACCACAUGCACAUGAACAGGAAGCAUUCCGAUAAGCACUACGAGAGGAAGCCCAAGCCGAAAAUGGAGAACGCCAAGCGGGACAGCUUCCAGUGCUGGCACUGCGGGAAAAUCUUCACGACGCAUUCGAAUUUGAAAGUCCACAUUCGCAUCCACACGGGAGAGAAGCCGUACGAGUGCAAAUAUUGCUCGCAGAGGUUCUCGGCCUAUUCGAGCUGGCACGAGCACGAAAAUAUCCACACGGGGGCCAAGCCGUUUCAAUGUGAUUUUUGUAAGAAGGGUUUUAGGCAAAGAGGGGCGCUGAGGAAACACCUGAGGUCUUCGAUACAUAGAAAACUUGUGAGCACCACCAGCCAGGAUUUCGACCACGCAACGGCGGUUAAAAAAGCGGAGUUUAGUAGGGACUCGGCUUCUGAUGCCUAUUUUGAUUGAAGAAUAGAUAAAGGACGAGAACGAAGAAGAAGAAGAAAAAAGAAACCGGGCCGAGCGCACCUGUCUCGAGACGAAUUCGACCGAUGCUGCUUCGAUUCGCUCCGCCAUCGCUAUUCAAUUUAAAGCGACGUCACCCGUAUGUGUAUCUGGCACCUAAACAGAGCCAUCGCAAUGAAUAGAACCGGUCUUUACCUGCGACCAUUUAUAAAAAAAAAAAAGAAUUAUUCACGAUAAGACCAUUUAAAUUGGAACUUCCAUUAAAUAAAGCAGCUUCGAAUGCACUAAUUACACGUCGCUACGAAAAUGCACCUAGCUCCUACAAUUAAUACACAUAAUUCUAUGAUAUUCUAUACGGUGCGACGGGAAUAGAUGAAGUAUACGGACCUCAAUCGAUUCAUUCUUAAUAACUAUAAAGUGGUUCUGGUUUGAAGACAUUCAUUUAUUGCGUGUAUUU